UAUAAGCGAUAUAAGUGAUACCAGAAGCCAUCUAGCGAAUUCUUCUGCUUCAUGCGUUGGCAACACUUGUGUCAUUUACUUUGCCGAAGAAACAAACUUGAGAGCCCAAAUGUCAGGCUCGCGAUAAGGCGAGUUGGCAGCCACAGAUAUGUCGGAAGGGUUUGCUUAGGCGGCUUUGUUUCUGCAAGUGCAAAACAGGUGACAGCGCUGUAGAUAUACAACGAUAAAGAAGUAUCGAGAAGCCGGCGUUAGGAUGGAGGGUCAACAGGUGCGAGCACUGUACGACUUUACCGGAGAACCAGGGACGGCUGAAUUGUCUAUUGUCGCAGGAGAAGUCCUUACGGUGAUGCGAGACAAUGUUGGCGAUGGGUGGUGCGAAGGUUUCAAUCAGAAAGGUCAAUCGGGCUUGUUUCCAGCUGCUUACGUUCAAGCGAUAGAAACGUCCGAUACCGUAACUCCUGCUGCAGGUAAUAUGACAACUUCGCAGCAGAGCACAGGCGAUUAUUGGGACGACGAUUGGGAUGACGAUUCCGAAGUGGGGCAGACCCAAGCGUACGUGCCUUCGGCACAAUCCGAACAUGUACUUCGAACCCAAACUAGUAUACCGGAUUAUGGUGACACGGCGUCGAUGCAUACGAUUCACUCCGUAAUACCCGAGAGGCCUGUCUCCAAUUUACCAAAGAAGAAUAAUAAGUUCUCUACCCUGAUUAAGUCCGGAGAAGAUAGCUUUCUUAUGGGCACCAAAAUAGUUAACGUGCCGGACAGCGAAAAAAUAAUCAUCGAGGAAAUCGACGGAAAUCGGUGCGUGUGGGCUUCGACGGGUGAGAGUUAUAAUUGUGUCGUUACGUCUCCGAAAAAGGAAUCCAAACUCAAAGGCCUGAAAAGCUUUAUCGUGUACCAAUUAACUCCUACGUUCAAUAAUAUCCAAGUGUCAAGGCGAUACAAACAUUUUGAUUGGCUACACGAAAGGUUGGAGGAAAAAUUCUGCUUCGUUCCAAUACCGCCAUUACCCGAUAAACAGAUAUCGGGAAGAUACGAAGAGCAAUUUAUAGAACAUCGACGCACGCAGCUUCAAGAAUUUGUUGAUUACGUGUGUCGACAUCCCGUGCUGUCUCGUAGUAGAGUUUGGGAGCAUUUUAUAACUUGUACCGACGAGAAGCGAUGGAAGGCUGGGAAACGCCAAGCGGAGAAGGAUGAACUAUUGGGGGUGAAUUAUUUCAAUGCUAUCCAAUGUCCGGAAUCAUUGGCUGAUUCGAUAAAAGUGGAAAUUCAGAUAGAUGCGUUCGCCAAAUUCAUAAAUGGACUGGAUCCAGUGGUAAAAAAUUUCAUGGCGGUAGCGGUCGAUCAAGCGAAAAAACAUCAGGUCCUGUACAAAAGAGAGUUUCAAAAAAUAAGCCAGUCCUUCACGUUGCUGGGACAAGUCUUCGAAAGCGACGACUGUGGCAGAGAUACUCUGACCCAAGCCCUGAAGAUCACGGGAAAGGCUUACAACGAUAUCGGCAGAUUAUACGAGGAGCAGCCAAAGUUUGACUGGGAGCCCCUUUCCGACAAGUUCCAUAUUUACCGUGGAAUCAUUAGCAGUUUCCCUGAUAUCAUUAGUAUACAUAAGAGUGCCGUACAAAAACGAAAAGACUCCGAAAGACUAGUCAGUGAACACAAAAUGGAUCCACAGCAGCUGCGAGAACUGUCUCACAGAACCGACGUAAUAGCUAGAGCGGUCAUGGCCGAAGAGACCCAUUUCCAGUCCGAGCGAGAGGUUCACAUGAAGCAAGCGAUGAAGAACCACCUUACGGAACAAAUUGCUUUCUACCAGAAAAUCGUUAAUAAAUUGCUAGAAGCACUCGGUGCAUACGACGGCUGAGUAGGCGAGGGCAAGGGCUUUGUUCCUAUGAAUAACUUGAAAGUUAUGAAACAUUGGGAAGAGAGUGAUUCACCCGGAUCGACAUAUUCGGUAGUUUUGCGAAUUCGACUCGAUAACUCUUACGAAGUGCCCCAUGAACAACGAAUACCAUCGCGAGUAUAAUCUAACCGACUACCGCAGAAAAGAUGCAAUCGCUACGGGUUAUAUAUACAUUUCUAACCUCGCAUGGCAAACUUCGGCGAAUACUAUUUUAACUUAUUCCACGGAGUAAUCUUUUCAAACCGAAACAGAUUGUUUCACUUUGGAACGAAUGAGUAACUAUGUUGGAUGUUCGAAACCGGUAUUCGAAAAAAUGCCUACCUCUGUCCGACUUGAAUGUUUUGUAUAUUUACAAUUAGGACAUUUUUUCUCCCCCACAAACCGGAAGGAACGAAAUUUCUCCUCAAAUCAUGUAUCGUAGUCUGUUAGUCAUUGUUUACAUAUGAAAUGAAGAACUACCGCAACUCGUUAGUAUAAUUUGACGUAAGCGUGCCUGGCCAAACGAUCAUUGGGGCAUUAACGGAGGUUACCGUAAUAGGAUGUAACAAUUGGUGCUACGUCGGAGGAAACAUUAGUACGGAUGAAUCGAUAAGCUCUCGUUCGCGUAAUUUUGUAUAUAUACCGCUUAAGUGUAAUCACCACUCAACUAGGCCGGCACAUUAUUUUUUGGUAGUCUUAUCGAUUGUAUUUAGAGUGAAUGUCCGCGUCGCGACGCGGAAUGCGAAUUUUGUUAUAAAUUUCCUUGAAUUGUACAAAAGGAAAAAUCCUCUACCUUCAACGCGAACCCUUCGCUAUUUUCUAAACCCUAUUGUUACGUACAUUGACUCUUGAUGAAAGCGCGAAAACCAAUAAACGUGCAUCGCGUCUAUAGUUUUGAUAAUACAUUGUCGCCGUCUGUCGAGUUCUUUUCUGCGAGGGAGCGAAAAUCCACCGAUCGCGAACAGGAGCGCAAGUAGGAUAAACGUGUCGAAUAUCUCUCCCAAGGCCAAGUCACAAAAUUAAUAUUUUCACAGCUCGUACAGCAAAUUGUCGCAACAUCUUUAUUAGCUGAAAAUAUUUAACAAACGAUGGCUCAGCCAUCCCUGUCGUAUUUCCGCGGAUAUCUCGUAGCUAAUCCCUGCUACACAUCGAAUGUCGUUAACUUUAGGAGGCCGAAUCGCGAGGAACAACAUUAAUAUAACGUGUCGAUAGUGUUUCGGGAGAUUCGUUACGAGUAAAUCGAAAAUAACGAUUUCAAUUAUAGACCCGAGUCGCCGUGAAACGCAUCGCGAGUUCUCAUUUUCCAAGAUCCGUGGCAAGCAGUUAUCGUUUGGCCCAAGGAUACGAGUCGUUGACGGACAAUCGUAAAUAUAAUUUGACGACGUUUUGCAAGGAAACUACUCGUAUUUUUUCGGCCACAAGAGACCAGGGAAAAGAUAUUCGAAGCCAAUUCCAAUAACGCGAAGAAACAUUCGGCUCGCAUCCGCGGAGUCGGUAGCUCUCGUUAUGCCAACAAUUUCUCUUCCGUUUCGCCCCGACUCGUUUUCGCGACAUUCAAACGACCAAUUAAAAUAUUCAGCUGGUUCA